GUGCAUUCUCUGCAUAUCGAUUUAAAGCUUUACAAAAUACAUCCCCUGGUAAAGGUCCUUUAGCAUCUUACUUUAAAGGUGAAACUAUGCACGGUUCGGGAUCAACUAAUGUCUUUGAUGCCAACAUGUACUUGGCUGAAGAUCGUAUUCUAUGUUUCGAACUAAUUGCUAAGAAAUAUGAGGCAUGGAAAUUGAAAUAUGUCAAGUCUGCUAAAGCAGAAACAGAUGUCCCAGAUAAUGUACCAGAAUUUAUUUCCCAACGUCGUCGUUGGUUAAAUGGAUCUUUCUUUGCUGCCUUCUACUCUGUUGCAAACUUUACGCGUAUUUGGACUUCUGGACAACCAUUUUACCGCAUGUUAAUGUUACAACUUGAAUUCAUGUAUAAUGCCGUUCAGUUACUUUUUAAUUGGUUCGCCUUGGGUAAUUUCUUUUUGGCUUUCUUCUUUUUGACUCAAUCUACCACUCAAAAUCCGAAUACAGACCCUUUCGCAGGUUAUGGAAGCGAGAUAUUUGACAUUUUCCGAUCGUUAUAUCUGAUGGCAGCAUUUCGUGAUAUCGUAAUUUCUAUUGUUUCAACUUAUGGAUUAUAUUUUUUUACGUCCUUCAUUCAUGGUGAACCAUGGCAUAUGUUUACUUGUUUAUUACAAUAUAUCUUACUUGUUCCUUUCUAUGUCAAUAUUCUCAUGGUUUACGCAUUCUGCAAUACUCAUGACGUUUCAUGGGGUACAAAAGGUGACAAUGGUAGUACCGGCAAUUUGAGUAGCGCACAAGCAGUAACCGGAAAAGACGGCAAACAAAUGUUUAAAGUUGAUGUUCCCACAGAAAGAGAUGAUAUCAAUGCUGCAUAUGAUAAGAUUACAAAUGAGCUAAGAGUCAAGGUUCACAAAGAGAAACAACAUCGUGACGUUGCUACGAAAAAGGAUGAUUAUUAUAAAUUAUUCAGAACAAAUUUAGUACUUGCAUGGAUGUUUUCAAAUGGUUUCCUGAUCUUAUUAUUUACGUCUAAUACUUGGCAAAGAUAUGUUAAUUCUAUUAGCCCUGAUAGUGCUUACAAUCCUUAUUUGACCUUUGUAUUUUGGUCGGUUACGGGUUUAUCAGCAAUCAGAGCAUUUGGUAGUAUAUG